CGUUUCCUAGUGCUUGGUUGCCGUUGUUUUUCCCUGUAGACUGGUGGCGACUCGGCGUUGAAUAAUAGAUAGCAGAGGCCAUGAAUAAGGACAUCCCGAAGCUCGUGUUCAAUAGAGAAGAUGCGCUGAAGGUGAUAGGUGUGGCGCCAGAAGGAACUGAAGACGAUAUCAAGGUUGCGUUCAAGCGAUUGGCUCUUCAAUGGCAUCCCGAUCGUCACAUUACCGAGAAGGACAAGGACUAUGCGACGCAACGUUUCAUUGAGAUCCAUGACGCAUACGAUAUACUCAUGGGAAAGAGCAGUCGUCGUCCUCGACUCUCAGACUCGGACAAGCGUAGACCACCAUCUGCAGAUGCAGGACCGCCCCCUCCUUCACCGCCUGCUCCCGCUCCCGCUCCGCCACCCGAAUCGACAUCUACCGACCAGGUCAAGGUUCCGUCUCCUAAUACAUCCCCGAGGCCAAUACCAGAAGAUGCGCCCCGUCAAUCCCGCGCUUCUGCAGCACCAGGACCGACCUCUCAUGUUUCACACCAUAAUUCCGCGCAACCGCCCUCUCACACCUCUGAACGACCUCACUCCCACGUUUCGCAGCAACCUCCAUCCCAUGCUUCGGCACGUCCAGGAUCUCACGCGUCCGACCGACCUCCAUCUCAUGCGUCGGCUCGACCUCCGUCUCAGACUUCUGCAACAUCGCCACCCAUAAAUCAUAUCAUGCCUAAUCCUGGCUUCCGAUAUUCCACCGCGACUGAAGACAAGAUGCUCCACAACCCUACACCCCCGGAAGGGACCCAGUCCGUAAUCCCAGGUGUCUCGCGACGUUCUCCCGCCUUUCGAUACGCGACGAUGCCAGACGACAACUUUCCUGUUCAGUCUCCCCGUGCUGUGCAUGCCUAUAUGGCCCCGGAUACAAACGAAGCAGGUCCUUCUGCUCCGAAUGGAGGUCCUGCCCGUCCGUCCCCGGGACCCAGAAAUGCUACCAUGCCAGAAGAUACCCGACAGAAGCCGAGUUCGCGAUCUAAACACAAGCACACGCCUGGGCCACCGCCACCUACUCCUGCUCCUCCGCGCACUGAACCUGCUACUGCCGAGCAUCGCAAAGGUCGUCACGAAAAGAAGCGACGUGCCCGUCAGGAGACAGAGCGUCAUCCGCGUCCGGAGGUGGCGGAACAGGUUCAUCCGGCUGCAGACCAUCAAUCUCGUCCAGAGGCGGAACGACAAAAUCGGCCAGCGCCAGGGCGAGAUCCUCGUGUAGAGACGGACCGACAGCACCUCUCAGAGGCGGAACGUCGGCAUCGGCCAGAGAAGGAACGUCGGCAUAGGCCAAAGGAGGAACGGCGGCAUCGUCCAGAGGCGGGACGACAGCAUCGUGAAGAGGCGGGACAACUUCCUCGUCCAGAGACAGAACGACAACUUCCUCCAGAAACAGUACGACAACAUCCCCCAGAGACAGAACGACAGGAUCCUCCAGAGACAGAACGACAGCCUCAUCCAGGAACGGAACGACGGGAACAACAGCCUCGACCUGAGGCCGAACGAAAAUCUCGACGUCCUCAUCGGCAUCAUGGCGCUUCCGAGACUCUCCUUGCCUCUCCUCAACCUCUACCACAUCCUGCACCAGGGGCCUCAGCUGCCUCACCGCCUCCUGGACCGCCAUUCGAAGCUCAUGUUCCAUUCUCAGAGCACUCACAUGUUCAUUCUCGUCCUGCCAGCAUGCAAUCAGCAACACCCAUGUCAGCAGCAUCCGGCCAACCAUCACCUGUUUACCCUGCACGGUCUCCUCCGGUUCCUCGCAGCGCCCCUCUCCCCUCCGACUCGUUCUUUCAAGGCUCUACCAGCCCACCUCGCUCGACGGGUUCGAUUGUCCAUGGCGUAGACCACAGUCGUUCUUCACCUCAUUCUUUUGAUACUGCACCAUACGCCCCUGGACGAGUUUCGACGCAUUCUUACGAUGCCCGACAUUCAUCGCCCAUCCCGGACUUCUACAUUCCUCAAGAUUCACCUCCCUCACGUCGAACCCCUUCUCCACCUUUCAGCUCGCCACCCAAUAGCUCAUCCCCUUUGAUGUCAACGCCCUUGAGCUCGCCACCCGUCAUUCCAGAGAGCAAACGACCGCCGAAUAAGCUGAAGAAAUCUCGUCCUCGUGCGGUAGAUAGUCUCGUCGAGAUACUUUCUCCCAAGACGAAGACCAAGCAUCAUCAUCAGGAGUUACCUCGGUUGGACACGGAUUUUCCGCCGACUACUCGACCAAGGGCUGGGCCUGAACCUCCGAUCCUUCCGUCACGUUCGGUGUCUCCGACGUAUGUGAUGCUGGAUAUAUCGAGGAGUGAGUCCGGAGAUUCGUUUCUCGAAGCUGGCAGUGGUGCCGAACACAAGCACGACACAAUGCCUACUCACGCGCCCGUAUACCCCAACCUACGUUCGAAGAUUCCGAUUCCGCCACGUUGCUGUCAACGUCAGUCUUUCAAAAUGUUCACCAACUACGUCAACAUCGAUCCUUCCUCCGUCCCGCCGUAUCCCAUCACGCCACUUUCACCUCUUAAUCCUCCCGAGCCACCGCCCCCGCUUCCUCCGACUCCUUCCAGCGUUUUCGGGCUACUUCCACGCCUGCGUUCUCGCGAUGAGCUUAGAGCGGCCCCACCACCGAGACCGAAACAAAAGCAGUGGAUCUUCCCUCUCAACGUUACACUGGAGGAAAUAUACCAUGGGAACACGCAAACGUACCAAAUCACACAACCUCAUACUACCCUCGUAGACUCUCCGGAGGGACCUACCACUUUGCCGGUACAGAUUACGAUCCCGCGUGGUGUCCAACCGUCGACCCUCCUACCUGCGGGUGAUCCCUUUCCUCAUAUCCUCUUUUCCGUCACCCCCGUUCCACAUCCAUACUUCAAGAUCCUGGACUCCGUUUAUGGACAUCUCUGGAUGGUCGUCGAGCUUCCAUGGUCCGAAGCUGCCUUCGAAGAGCUAAUACAUUCGGGCGGCGUCAACGGCGGGAGACAAGGCAUCAAGGGAAGUAUGGUUGCGUUCACGGGGAUAACGGGAGAGGAUAUGAGAGUGCCGGUACCGCACACGCCGGAAAAUAUCAGGAGUGCGUUGGAGAAUGGGACGAGAAUUCCUGGUGGGGGUUUACCGAUUGUUAGCGAUGACGGGGAGGUCAUGGCAUACGGCGAUUUGGUGAUUCGGUGGACCUUCUUCGUUAGUGGACAGGCGAAGGUUGUAGAGGGGAUUAAGAAGGUGGUGUCGCAUAUGAAGUUUUGAGGGCUUUUUGUUGGUAUUAUACGGCAGCGACGCUUGCGUUGCUUUGUCGGUGGUAUACACUUCGGAGCCGUCCCCUUUCUCAGUUCACACUGGCCAUAGACGUCCAGUAUUUCCAUUCUCGCCUUUCUCCCUAAGGUUCAGAGAGUCUUUUAUAGAUGGCGACCGCCGUUAGGGACUACACAACUUCGUCGUGUUAUAUACUUUGCUUUGUAUCAUGCUAUGGUGCUUUUUCCCUUGCUUUCUCGCUGCCUUGCAUAAUCUCCAAAGUUCUGCUGUCACUACUCUAUUUGAUCACUACCCUACGACUUCAUUGUCAGCGAAU